CUCUGUUGUGAAACACAUGCACUCAAGGAUUACUCCAAAGGAAGUCUCGGAAACAGCUAUUCUUUCCCUGCGAAGGUAAACUCUCCGACUAAAGGAACAAUCUCCAAGAAGUGGAAAAAGUAGCUCCUGUGAAGAACAUCCACGAUGGAACGAAACUGCGUCAUGUCUCUCCUGGUCUUUUGCACCCUCAAUAAGCUGCUUGUGGUGGCGACCCCUGAAGAUGACCUGCUGGAGCAUCUGGAACACCGGGCGACACGGAACCAAAUCGCCACGGCCCAGUACGAGUGUUUCCAGAGGAUGGUACAAGAUUCCCACCGCAGAGCCAAAUCAAUAGGCCCAGUGUGCAACACCACGUGGGAUGGGUGGCUGUGCUGGGAUGAAACUGAAGCCGGACCAACAGAGCAGAGCUGUCCGGACUACUAUAAAGAUUUUGAUCCUCGUGCAAUGGCCUCCAAAGUGUGCUCAGAAACGGGCGAGUGGGGACGCCACCCCGAGAGCAACAGGACGUGGACCAACUUCACAAUCUGCCAUGCCAACACCACGCAUCACGGGAGAGCGGCAAUGACUCAUUUCUACCUUGUUAUGAUUGGUCACGGCCUGUCGCUGGUGUCACUGCUCAUAUCGUUAGGAAUAUUCUUCCAUUUUAAGAGUCUGAGCUGCCAGAGGAUAACACUCCACAAAAACCUCUUCCUCUCAUUCGUGCUGAACUCCAUCAUCACUGUUGUCUGGCUUACAACCGUGGUAAAGAAACAGGGACACACGUACAACGAUUCUGUAUGCUGCAAGCUGCUCAUGUUCAUCCACCUGUACCUGCUGAGCUGUAACUACUUCUGGAUGCUGUGUGAGGGCAUCUACCUCCACACCCUGAUCGUGGUUGCGGUGUUUGCAGAAAAACAACACCUCGUGUGGUACUACCUGCUAGGCUGGGGUUUUCCACUCGUGCCGACGGUGAUACAUUCGAUAGCGCGCUACUCCUUCUACAACGACAAAUGUUGGGUCAGCUCAGAUACCUCCUUGCUGUACAUUAUCCAUGGCCCCAUCUGUGCAGCAUUGGUGGUGAAUCUUUUCUUCCUGCUGAACAUCGUUCGGGUUCUUAUCACAAAGCUGAGAGUGACGCAUCAGGCCGAGUCCAGCCUCUACAUGCGGGCGGUGAGAGCAACACUCAUCCUCAUCCCCCUCCUCGGCAUCCAGUUCGUGCUGCUCCCCUACAAGCCCCAAGAUCACUGGGUCUCUGAGAUCUACCUGUACGUCAUGGAGAUCCUCAUGCACUACCAGGGUCUCUUGGUUUCUACAAUUUUCUGCUUCUUCAACGGAGAGGUUCAGAGCGUUCUGCGGAGGAAUUGGAACCAGCAGCGGAUGCAGUUUUCCGGCACGUUUGCCAACGCCGACUUCUUCCGCUCGGCCUCCUACGUGGCGUCGUCGCUCACAGAGGUCCACCGCUGCUACAGCAUCGAGAGCCACACCGAGCACAUGAACGGAAAGAGCUACUCAGACAUCUUCAGAUCGGACAGCCCUUUCGUGUGAAGGAGACACGUGAGACACCGUUUCGUUGACCUCUACCACGAUGUUACCAAGAUUGGCGUCUUCUUGGAGUGUUACUACUGUUCAUGGGAGAUGAAUACAAACUUUGUGGUUGUUUUUAAAUCUCUCAGCCAGAAAAACUAAAAAAUGUUUACCCUUUUUCACAAAUAUUACCAAAACAGAAGGACACCAUACAAAUAUUCAAAGGACCCAUUGCCGGACAAAAGGAAGACCCCCUGAAUCUAACGGUGUCACUGCAUUAACUUAAGGAUUUAAUGCUUUUUUCCAUCGUGUGGAUUAACUUGAAGAUACCAUUUUAAAAUGGGUGGUUGGUGCUGUGGAAAGGUGAUGCACGAAAACCCUGUUUUCACAACUCAUCUCUUGAUAGCAAGAGUUAGCAGGAGCUAGCAUAAUGGCGCACUGGAAAUAGCAAAAAAUAAGUUGGAAAGGGAAACUUAAUGCCAAUCAGUCAAGAAAAGUAAAAUAAGUAGCAUGCUUUUUGUUGUUAGACUAUACAGAACUACACCAAAAAGUACAAACGCAAAAAUAGAGCAAAUAAUUAGCUUGCUAGCUAAAUGUCAUUCCUGCUUUUUAACUACUUUUAAUUAAAUGCAUGCAACUCAGAGUUUUCUAUUUAUGUAUAAGGUCUUAGAAGAUAAGUCAGGCUCACUGUUCCUGCCUAAUAUCUGAUGAAGAAAAUGUCUUGUGUUCUCUAUGAAUAUGACAUAUGGAGGCACAAAAUAUGAAGCCUUUAGUGAACUGUUUAUACUUAGUCAGCUAAGAACACAUCAUUGUACAGUACUUAUGUUAUGUUUGUCCACAGACUGCAACUGGUUAAUCACUGUAGUGAGAAAGAAUUCAGCAGGAACUGACAUGUUGAUUGACUGAUAAGAUAAAGUUAGUCACCUUCAGUAAAAUACAAUGUUACUUUCCUGUCGAGUGAAGAGCUGCUGGUUUCAGCCUUUCAAAACAGGAAAUACACUUUUUCACUUCCUUGACGAGGUUUGGAUGAGAAGAUCAAAACCACUCUGACUGAUGUCUGUUCAGUAAGAAUGUGCUUAGCUUAGCUUAGCAUAAAGAGCGGAAACUAAACCUUUAAAUCUGAAGCACUGAAUAUUUUAUAAUGCUAAAAAACGAGUUACUAUAAUGUACUAUAAUGAUUUAGAACAAUUUCAAAGCUUUGAGGGGUCUGAAAGUCUGGAAAAGCGCUGUAUAAAUGACGUCCAUUUCACAUUGAGUAUGCUUUGUUAGCUUAGCAUAGCAUAAAGAGAAAGCGAUUUCUUCAAAAAAACACACGUAAAAAGAAUAUAGCUUGGGUUUUCUACGCACAGAAUCUCAAUAAUAAUAGGGCUUGUAUUAACAUAGGCAACUUUGAAAGGAGAAGGACAUAUAUUAUCUAAAAUAUUCUAAAUAAAUCGUUUGAAUCACAGAUGUGUGUUUUCCCAUGCACACAAUCAUUCUACUCAUUUCAUGUUGUAACAUAGUUCUGUCAAUAAAUGCUUGUUAAUACUGGAGAAAUAAUGCUGUAAAUAAAAACAAGCUGUUUUAAACUGAGA